AAAUAAUAUCCCUCCGACAUCACCCCUUAAAAGUAUAUCCGCGGAGUAUUUGUCUAAGACCUCGAGCUCAACGAUGGCAGAAGGUGAAGAGGCCAAGAAGAAGAAUUUACAGACAAGUUACUUCGACGUCGUUGGAAUCUGCUGUUCAUCGGAGGUUUCUAUCGUCGGAGACGUUCUCCGUCCACUUGACGGCGUCAAAGAAUUCUCCGUCAUCGUCCCUUCUAGAACCGUCAUCGUUGUCCAUGACCCUUUCUUGAUUUCUCCGCUUCAAAUCGUCAAGGCUCUGAAUCAAGCAAGACUAGAAGCAAGUGUUAGACCAUACGGAGAAACAAGCUUGAAGAGUCAAUGGCCUAGUCCUUUUGCAAUAGUUUCUGGUGUAUUUCUUGCUCUCUCCUUCUUCAAAUACUUUUAUAGUCUGCUUGAAUGGCUCGCUGUUGUUGCCGUGGUGGCCGGGAUAUUCCCCAUCCUUGCUAAAGCUGUUGCUUCCAUCACAAGGUUCAGGCUUGAUAUCAACGCUCUCACUUUUAUUGCUGUGAUAGCAACACUAUGUAUGCAGGAUUUCACAGAAGCUGCCACAAUUGUGUUUCUAUUCUCAGUCGCAGAUUGGCUAGAGUCUAGUGCUGCUCAUAAGGCAAGCACAGUAAUGUCAUCACUGAUGAGCUUAGCGCCACGAAAGGCAGUGAUAGCGGAUACUGGACUAGAAGUCGAUGUAGAUGAGGUUAGGAUCAACACAAUUGUUUCAGUUAAAGCUGGAGAAAGUAUACCGAUUGAUGGAGUUGUGGUCGAUGGAAGCUGUGAUGUGGAUGAGAAAACAAUGACAGGAGAGUCCUUCCCUGUUUCCAAACAGAGACAGUCAACUGUUUUGGCUGCAACCAUAAAUCUUAAUGGUUAUAUAAAGGUGAAAACUACAGCUCUAGCCCGGGACUGCGUGGUUGCGAAAAUGACUAAGCUUGUAGAAGAAGCUCAAAAAAGCCAAACAAAAACUCAAAGGUUUAUAGACAAAUGUUCUCGCUACUACACUCCAGCUGUUGUCGUGUUAGCAGCAUGUUUUGCGGUAAUCCCGGUAUUGUUAAAGGUUCACGACCUUAGCCAUUGGUUUCACUUAGCACUUGUAGUGUUAGUAAGUGGUUGUCCUUGUGGUCUUAUACUAUCCACACCCGUUGCUACCUUUUGUGCUCUCACUAAGGCAGCCACGUCAGGGUUUCUGAUCAAAACUGGUGAUUGUCUAGAGACUCUUGCAAAGAUCAAGAUUGUUGCUUUUGACAAAACAGGAACUAUUACAAAGGCUGAGUUCAUGGUCUCGGAUUUUAGGUCUCUUUCUCACAAUAUCAAUCUGCAAAACUUGCUUUACUGGGUCUCCAGCAUUGAGAGCAAGUCAAGUCAUCCGAUGGCAGCGGCUCUUAUUGACUAUGCAAGAUCAAUUUCUGUUGAGCCUAAGCCGGAUAUAGUCGAGAACUUUAAGAACUUUCCAGGAGAAGGAGUUUAUGGGAGAAUAAAUGGUCAAGAUAUCUACAUUGGAAACAAAAGAAUCUCACAGAGAGCUGGAUGCUUAACAGUUCCGGAGAUGGAAGCUAAUAUGAAACGAGGUAAGACCAUUGGUUACAUAUACAUUGGAGCAAAACUGUCCGGAAGUUUCACCCUUUUGGACAGUUGUCGAUAUGGGGUUGCUCAAGCUCUCAAGGAACUCAAGUCUUUAGGAAUCAAAACUGCAAUGCUCACAGGAGAUAACCAAGACGCAGCCAUGUCUACACAAGAACAGUUAGAGAAUGCUUUGGAUAUUGUUCACUCUGAACUUCUUCCACAAGACAAAGCAAGAAUCAUCGAUGAAUUCAGGAUCCAAGGGCCUACAAUGAUGGUAGGAGAUGGGCUUAACGAUUCACCGGCUUUAGCUAAAGCAGACAUUGGCAUUUCAAUGGGGAUCUCAGGGUCAGCACUUGCAACAGAGACAGGAGACAUCAUUCUUAUGUCAAACGAUAUAAGGAAGAUUCCGAAAGGGAUGAGACUAGCGAAGAGAAGUCAUAAGAAAGUGAUUGAGAAUGUGGUUUUGUCUGUGAGCAUAAAAGGAGCAAUCAUGGUUCUUGGUUUUGUAGGUUACCCUCUGGUUUGGGCAGCUGUUCUUGCAGAUGCAGGAACUUGUUUGCUUGUGAUACUCAAUAGUAUGAUGCUUCUACGCGAUGAGCGUGAAGCCGUGUCUACAUGUUACCGUGCUUCUUCUUCUUCGCCGGUGAAGCUUGAGGAGGAUGAAACAGAGGAUCUAGAAGUUGGCUUGUUGCAGAAGAGUGAGGAGACAAGUAAAAAGAGUUGUUGCUCUGGUUGUUGUAGUGGCCCUAAGGACAAUCAACAAAAGUGAAAACCUUCCUCUGAUCUAGAGGGUUCUAUGUAUAUAGUAUCUGUUUUCAAACCAGAGAGGGACCUGUGUUAUUUCGGUUAAUCCUCAUUUAAUCGUUAAUAAAUCUCCGGUUCGUGU